AUGGGGGGGCAGCAGGACGCGGGGAGCGGAGGGGCACAGCCACAGCCGGGGCCGACGGUGGUGUUCGGGAGGCGGACGGACUCUGGGCGGUUCAUCAGCUACUCACGGGACGACCUGGACAGCGAGAUCAGCAGCAUGGACUUCCAGGACUACCACGUCCACAUCCCGAUGACCCCCGACAACCAGCCCAUGGACGAGCCCAUCGACCCCCGCGGAAUCUCUGCCAAGGUCGAGGAGCAGUACGUCAACAACUCCCUCUUCACCGGCGGAUUCAACACCAUCACCCGCGCGCACCUCAUGGACAAGGUUGUCGAUGCUGGCCAUGUACAAAUGACCGGCGCCGGCGGCCCAAAAGUCUCAACAUGCUCCAUCCAGGGCUGUGAUGCCAAGCUCGUGAAGAACCAACAUGGCAACGAUAUCGUCCCCUGCGAGUGCGACUUCAAGAUUUGCCCUGAGUGCUUCACCGAUGCGGUGAAGAGCGGCGGCGGCCUCUGCCCCGGAUGCAAGGAGCCCUACAAAAUAACAGAAUGGGAGGAGGUGGUUGCCAACUCUAACAGCGAGGCGGCGCAUGCCCUCUCCCUUCCGCCGCCAGGGCCCGGUGGAAAGCUCGAGCGGAGGUUGUCGAUGGUGAAGCAGUCCACAAUGAACUCGCAGUCUGGCGAGUUUGAUCACAACAGGUGGCUGUUUGAGACAAAAGGGACUUAUGGGUAUGGGAAUGCGAUAUGGCCUGACGAGAAUGGCGAAGAUGAUGAUGGGAGUGGAGGGCAUGGGCAUCCCAAGGAGCUCAUGAGCAAGCCGUGGCGGCCGCUGACGCGCAAGUUGAAGAUCCCUGCCGCUGUCAUUAGCCCUUAUAGGCUCCUAGUCUUGGUGCGCAUGGUGGCGCUCGCCUUGUUUCUUGCAUGGCGUAUCACCCACAAGAACGAGGAUGCAGUAUGGCUGUGGGGGAUGUCCAUCAUUUGUGAGCUGUGGUUCGCCUUCUCCUGGCUUCUAGACCAGCUCCCUAAACUCUGCCCUGUGAACCGCGCCACCGACCUCGCCGUCCUCGAAGAGAAAUUUGAAACACCCCAUCCGAACAACCCGACUGGCAAAUCUGAUCUUCCCGGAAUUGAUGUUUUUGUCUCCACGGCUGAUCCAGAAAAAGAACCAGUGCUCGUCACUGCGAAUACAAUUCUUUCCAUUCUGGCGGCCGAUUACCCUGUCGAGAAGCUCUCUUGCUAUGUGUCGGACGAUGGUGGGGCCCUCCUUACCUUUGAGGCCAUGGCUGAAGCCGCGAGCUUUGCUAAUUUGUGGGUGCCCUUCUGCCGAAAGCAUGGCAUCGAGCCCAGAAAUCCUGAGAGUUACUUCAGUUUGAAGAGAGAUCCUUACAAGAAUAAGGUGAAGCCGGAUUUCGUCAAGGACCGGAGGCGCGUCAAGAGAGAGUAUGAUGAAUUCAAAGUCAGGAUAAAUAGUUUGCCGGAUUCUAUCCGCCGGCGGUCCGACGCGUAUCAUGCGCGAGAGGAGAUUCAGGCGAUGAAUAAGCAGCGAGAGAAGGCCGGGAUGGAUGAGCCGCUUGAACUGAUAAAGAUCCCCAAGGCCACAUGGAUGGCGGACGGCACUCACUGGCCUGGCACUUGGCUUCACCCUUCGCAGGAUCAUUCUCGGGGUGAUCAUGCUGGAAUCAUACAGGUAAUGCUGAAACCUCCGAGUGACUCGCCCCUCUACGUGAAUGGCAAUGAGAAAUCCCCGAUCGAGUUCAAAGAUGUGGACGUCCGCCUUCCGAUGCUAGUAUACGUGUCCCGUGAGAAGCGCCCGGGGUACGACCACAACAAGAAGGCUGGUGCCAUGAAUGCCCUCGUUCGCGCUUCUGCCAUCAUGUCCAACGGCCCCUUCAUCCUCAAUCUCGACUGCGAUCACUACGUCUACAAUUCCCAGGCCUUCCGCGAGGGCAUGUGCUUCAUGAUGGAUCGCGGCGGUGACCGCCUCUGCUAUGUCCAGUUCCCCCAACGUUUCGAGGGUAUCGACCCCUCCGACCGUUACGCCAACAACAACACUGUCUUCUUCGACGUCAACAUGCGCGCCCUCGAUGGAUUGCAAGGCCCCGUGUAUGUUGGCACUGGCUGCCUCUUCCGGCGCAUCGCUCUUUACGGGUUUGACCCUCCUCGUGCAAGGGAUCACAGCCCCAGCUGCUGCAGCUGCUGCCUCCCACGGCGCGGCAAGGUAAAAGCUGGAUCCGAGAACUCGGAGGAGACGCGCGCGUUGCGCAUGGGGGAUGCGGACGGUGACGAGGUGAAUCUUUCAUCGUUCCCUAAGAAGUUUGGGAACUCGAGUUUCCUCAUCGACUCCAUUCCUGUCGCGGAAUUCCAAGGCCGCCCGCUAGCCGACCACCCCUCCGUCAAGAACGGGCGACCGCCUGGUGCACUUACCAUUCCGCGUGAGAUCCUCGAUGCAUCUAUCGUUGCUGAAGCCAUAAGCGUGAUCUCGUGCUGGUAUGAAGAGAAGACCGAGUGGGGUCAACGUGUCGGGUGGAUCUAUGGGUCGGUCACAGAGGAUGUGGUUACUGGGUACAGGAUGCACAACCGCGGGUGGAAAUCAGUGUACUGUGUGACCCAGCGCGACGCGUUCCGCGGCACGGCACCAAUUAACCUCACCGACCGGUUACAUCAAGUGCUGCGUUGGGCAACGGGGUCCGUCGAGAUUUUCUUCUCGCGCAACAACGCGCUCUUGGCCAGCUCCAAGAUGAAGCUUUUACAACGUGUCGCGUACCUCAACGUCGGCAUAUACCCGUUCACCUCCAUCUUUCUCAUUGUUUACUGCUUCCUCCCUGCGCUUUCCCUCUUCUCCGGCCAGUUCAUCGUCCAGACGCUGAAUGUCACGUUCCUCACCUACCUUUUGGUCAUCACCUUAACGCUUUGCAUGCUCGCCAUGUUAGAGAUCAAGUGGUCGGGGAUCGAGCUUGAGGAAUGGUGGCGCAACGAGCAGUUCUGGCUGAUCGGUGGGACUAGCGCUCACCUUGCCGCUGUGCUGCAGGGGCUUCUGAAAGUGGUUGCUGGAAUAGAGAUCUCCUUCACCCUCACCUCCAAAUCGGCAGGAGACGACGAGCAGGAUGAUUUCGCUGAGCUGUACAUCGUGAAAUGGACGUCACUGAUGAUACCACCCCUCACCAUCAUCAUGGUGAAUCUCAUUGCCAUAGCCGUUGGAUUCAGCCGCACAAUCUACAGCUCUGUGCCGCAGUGGAGCAAGUUGUUGGGUGGGGUGUUCUUCAGCUUCUGGGUGUUGGCCCAUCUCUACCCCUUUGCAAAGGGGCUUAUGGGCCGGAGAGGAAGGACGCCGACUAUCGUAUACGUGUGGUCCGGGCUCGUCGCCAUUACGAUUUCGCUUCUUUGGGUGGCCAUCAAGCCACCAUCGUCUGCAUCGUCGCAGAUUGGCGGCUCAUUCACAUUCCCUUAAUUCUUUCGUAUUCUAUAUACACAGGCAUAUUUAUUCAUAGCACUUAUCUGAUUGAUGAAUGGGCUACGUUGGACUCUGAAAGAGUUCAGAAGAAGACCCCAACAUUGUUUUAAAUCAUAAGGUGUUUAUUUUGGUAGGUUUCUGGUACCCUUUAUGGGGCCAUACUUCUUCUUUUUUUUUUUUUUUAAAUGUUGUUUUUUGUUCAGAAAUGUUCGUUUAACUGUUUGAAUUGUUUGUUGUAGAAGCAAAGAGAUCUGUGCAUCAAUAGCAACAGUGCCUUUUUUAUGUGAAUGAUACUCAUUUUUUG